AUGACUGCUGUGGCAUCUCCACCUAGUGUCGAAUCGGGGUCUCGAUUGGGAUGGUACAGCUCUAGUAACGGAGGAGAAGGAGCCCUGUCUUCAGUGAAUGCGGACGACGUGUCACGGAUGUUCAUGCCGCGGAAACACGUUCAACGCUCAAACUCCUCUUCCUCUCUGGGGUCGAACUCUUCGGCUUCCUCUACAUCUACUGCGACUGCCCCUACCCAAGAUACCCAUGCCGCGCAGAAUUCCGCCAGUGAUACAGAGACUUGGUCGUCAUCAAAAAAGAAGCAUUCGAAGAACAUCUGGCCUAGCUCGAAAUCCGAGCCGGUAUCAGGGGUAACGAACGCGCGAUCUCAGGCAGUGCCUGCUUUCUCGUCGGGCCCAAGUGCAUCGUCGACAAUGUCCGCAAUGCAUCAGCCUUCGAACAUCGUCCCAUCGCAACAGAUGCCCCAGUCGUCGCAGCAGAAUGGCGUCCGUGCGCCAACCGGCCCGCCCUCGGAGAACCCAGCAAUUUUGAUUCUGUUGCCAAUGAACGGCACCUUUGACAGGAAACAGAUCAAUGUACCAUAUUACCCCGAGGUCCUGCGAAUCGGGCGACAAACAAACGCCAAAACAGUGCCCACGCCUCUCAAUGGAUUCUUCGACUCCAAAGUUCUCUCUCGACAGCAUGCUGAGGUAUGGGCCGAUAAGACUGGCAAAAUCUGGAUCCGAGACGUCAAAUCCUCAAACGGCACAUUUGUGAACGGCCACCGAUUGUCUCCUGAAAACCGGGAGUCAGAGCCGCACGAACUGCGAGAAAGCGAUAACCUAGAGCUGGGUAUCGAUAUUGUCAGCGAGGAUCAAUCCACCAUCGUCCAUCACAAAGUCUCAUCUAAGGUUGAGCAUGCCGGAACCUACGGUACUACCCCUAGUAUCCUUGAUCUGAACUUCGGGGACUUGGAUCCUGCCUCCGGGGGCGGUCUUCUCCCUUCUCCCUUGAGUCAACCGCUUUCUCAUAUGCGAGGUCGAGCCGGUAGCAACGCGAGUAGCAGAAGUGCUCAGAGUGUUGCCAGCAAUCAGCUCAGUGCUUUACAUCAACAACGGCAAAUGAACUACUGGAACUCGCCAAUCUCCAUUGAACAGGUCGUCAAGCGGCUUACGGGCGAACUGAAAUCCGCAAAGCAACAAACAACAGAUCUUUCUCAAGCAGAUGAAUUUUUGACGACGAUCAUGAAACCAGGCUAUACAGAGAAAGAAAAGCUCAAUAAGCCGUCUCCUUUGGAGAAUAGUGCUCAUCGCCAGAUGAACGGUCGGCCUAAAAUGCCUCGAGUCGACUCCUUUUCAAGAUUUUCGGAUCCCCCCGCUCCUCCUCCUCAACAGCCUCUGCCGGAGAAACCUGAUGCGUUGUCGCGAAGUGCAUCAGAAUCGUUCUCACCGCUGAAGCGCAGUGAUACGGAAAAGCCGAAGAGCGGUACAGGUUCCCCUGUCUCCCGCGAUUCUAGUCAGAUCUUGAAUCUCAUUGAGGCGCUAUCGUCUGCCAAGCGAGAGAUUGAAACCCAUGGAACUCGUGUCAAGGAACUAGAAAAGAUGCUGUUCCAAGAGCAGACUGCUCGCAAAUUGGCAGAAGACAAAGUCAGUGAAAUGGAGAUGCGCUCAUUGGAUGUUGAAGAUGUCAAAGUCGAGAAAGGCAUUGUUCCACCUUCAGAGAAUGGUGUGGACGGAAAGAAGGCGCAGGAUGAUACAGAAGCAACCGUGCAGGUCAACGGCAUCCAUCCUUCAGAGACUCUCACUCCCGCAGACAUCCAGGCAGACGCCCCCGUGGAAGACAAGAGUGCUGAACUUCAGACUCGCUUGGAAAAUAUGAUGGAGGAGAUGGCAGAAAUGAGAAAGCAAAUGGCAUCCUUCAAACAUCGCGCCGAGAAGGCUGAAGAUGAGACCACGGAGUCUCGCAAGUCGUUGAACGAAAUGAUUGAAACCUUGCGCCAGGAACGCGCCGAGAAGGCAUUAGCCACGGCUCUUGACAAGAAAACUGAUACGCAUGACCGCGAGCCAAGCAAUGGCUUAGCGGAACCGUCGCCUACGAGCGAUGAUACUUUAACGGAUUCCAAGACGAAGACUCCAUCGAUGCAGGGCUUCGAUACGGUUACCUCGCAAAACAAGGACAUGGAUGCUGCAGCUGCGGCCACAGCCUUUGCAACACAGCGCCAUCGGUACAACUAUAUGGAAGAAGCAAGUCCUUACGCCUCCAUGUUUGGCGUGGUCUUAUUGGGAGUAGGCCUAAUGGCCUAUCUCAACGGUUGGCAAAAGAUGGACAAAUAA